UCGAUGUAGUUGUGGAAUAAUUUCAGUUUAAUACUUCAGCUGCAGUAUGUGUGAAAUUGCAGACAGGUCCCAAGACAACACAAGCAUCUGUCGCUGUGGCCCGUUGCCUGGAUACAUGACCUAGGUACGGUAGCGGAAUGGGGAAGUCAUCUUAGACAAGAAACCUAUCGGGGGUAACCAUGUCUUACAGCUCUGCGGGAAAAGGGAGUUCUUCGCUUCUCAGGUGGAACGAAGUCCCCGACGAAUUCGUAGAGUGCUUUAUAACAUCGGGGUACAGAAAACUUCAUGGCAGCACAAGGGAAUGUCUUAUCUCUGUUUUCCAGCCCACUAACGAGACGUUUAACUUUUGGACUCACUUUGUUCCCCUACUGAUCCUGCUGAAAAGCUUUUGCCACCUGCUGUUUCUGGAGACUGAGCAACCUUUUCACCAUCCAACAUUCCUGCCUUUGUGGUGUUAUGCCUUUGGAGUCACCUUGACGUUACUCAUGAGCUGCAUCGCACACCUGUUCAAUUGCAUGUCAGUGCGGCUGCGCAGGGCCUUCUUUUACCUGGACUACGCCUUGAUAAGUUUCUACAGCUUCUGCAGCACCUUGGCAUAUCGUUACUACGUUUUCCCUAAACUCAGUGUAAUGGAUGUGAAUUCCAUGGACACGUAUUUUCAGGGCAGAAGCUGGUACCGAACUUUAAUCAGUCUUUAUACAUGUGCCUUGCUGCCUGCUGCUUUCACUUUCGCCAUUCUGUGCACCAUUCUGUGCUGUACAAGUCGGUCCAGAUGCUAUCCUUUCGCCACUAGAAUAUUUGCUUUUGUUAUGCCACUGAGUCUAACAGCUCCAGUUGUGGCCGAAAGCAUUAUUUUUGAUCUGAAAGUGAAAAACCCGACUUUGUUUGUGUGUUUUUACAGGCGCUUUUUAUGGCUUGUACUGGCUGCCUUUUUCUACCUGAGCAAAGUUCCUGAAAGACUGAAGCCUGGCUGUUUUGAUAUAAUGGGACACAGCCAUCAGUUUUUUCAUAUAUUCACCUUCCUUGGAAUCUAUGAUCAACUGUCUUACGUCCGGCACGGUUUACACCAGUAUGUGCAAUCCCCAAAGGACAUGCCAACUUUUACAAAUACGAUUGGGCUUACUUUGCUGUUACUUGGAUGCUUAAUAUUUGUCACUAAAUCACUGAUUAAGGGAACAUCCUCUUGUAAAAAGGACUGAACAAAUAUUCAAGCCGAUGUUUUACUUGAACAUUAACGUGAACAACAGAGAAAACAAUAUGCCUUCACAAGUGUGUGUAGUCGAAAAAAUGAAUGAACGCCUACAUGAACAGCAAAACAAGCGUAAUAGUAAAGUACAGCUUUGAAGCUUUCAAAUUGUAUUGCAGUUUUCCAGGAAAUCGUGGAAAUGAUCCAGUACAAGCUUGUUGCUUCCUGUUAGAAUAUCUAUGUAUUUAUUUAUUUAUGUUAUAUAUUUAUUUAUUUAUGCGUGUAUGUUUAAAUAUUUAUUUUGACUGUGUUUAUUUAUUUCUCUGAUAUGUUUAUUUGUCUCAUUUUUUAGAGAGCUGUAAUAUGCUUCCAGCGCAGCUAAAUUUAUCUUGAAACAGGGAAUCUUUGCCGUAUGUUUAUGUAUGUAAAUAUAUUAUGUCUGAAGCUGUUGAAACGAUGAACGUCAUCUCAGGGAGAUGUGAUUUAUAGCACCGCGCUUCCAUUUGUGUACUGUGCAAUUACAGUAAUGUUCAUCCAGCUGAACCACAGUUGUGGGUGUAUUUUUUCUCAGCUGGUUUAGAAGUCUGCUGGAAAACGAAUUACAAUGUCCAGUAUUCCUGUGGGAAUACCAGUUUAGAUUUAAUUCGUACUGCACGAAUGUAGCACGAAUAAGAAGCUCUGAACUGAAUAUUACGCCAACUUGCUGUAAAUCUAAAAUGAGGUGGGAUCCCGUUAUGUGAAGAAAUAAAAACUAGCUUCAAAGAAAGCUAAAUAAAGUAUCACUAUGCAUCGUUUCUCAAAAUGUUUGCAGUCUGUGCCUUUAGUACAGACCUGAACUGUGCGUAUGAAGCCUUUUUCUUUUUUAAUUCUCCAGAAUCCCAUUGGUGCUGGAAGAAACACAUAAACAAAAAUGUUUGAAUACGGGUAUACUACAGACAACACAACUCCAUUUGUAUUACUAGUGUAAGCCCACAUUAAGGGUAUGGGAUUUACUGCUUAUGCAUAUCGAAAAAGAACUGCACUGAACGAAAUUUGUUAAAGUCAUGCAAUUUUUUCUACCCAAAUUGAUUUCCUCUUGUGUUUCAUUUCCUUGUAUCAUUUUCAUAUCACUUUUCCAUUUUUCUAUUCGAAUUUAAUAAAAUGCUUACAAAAGAAUAUUGAGUGCAUUUUUUUCAAAUAUUAAUUCAGCUCUGUUUUUUUGCUGAAAUUUACUGCUGUUGACAACACAGCAUGGGUAUUCACUGUAUAACCCCUCAAGUAAGACAGAUGCAAUGCAUUGCUUGAGAAAGUCCUAAAAAUCUUAAAACGGCGUUUAUACUGAACACAGGCAGCAUUUUACACUUCGUAUAUAUUCUCUGCUAAUGUGAUUGGCAUCUUUUAGUAUUUUUAAAGGAAAUUACCAUUUGCAAAAAAACAAAAACAUCCCAAAACUACAUUACUAUAUUGUCCUUCCUAUAUAUUUUAGCUUAUUUUGUCUUACCUAUGUAUGCAGCCAAGUCUAAUAAAAUGGUAAUCUUAAAUGUAGCAGUUCAAAACUUUGAAUGGAUAAGUGGCCACUAUACCAACGCUAUUUUACCACGAUGUUGAAAAAAUAUAUAUAUGGAGCUGUAGUUGACAAAUGGAUCUUCAUCAAAGAACAGAAAUGUCCAUUGCUAGAAUUUUUCUUAGACCUUUAAAUUGACCUGUGCCAGACUGUAGCAGAGU